AUGAACGGUGCAUCAGUAAGGCAAUUGGCACCAAUAGAAAAAUACUUCUAUCACAGAAGUGAUUUAGGUUUACAUACCUGUUUCUAUUUAGGAGUGGAGCUUAGUAAAAUUCCAAGUAAGGAUAAAUUUAUUCAAGCAUUAAAAAAAACCAUUGCAGAGUUACCAUUAUUCCAUUGCAAUAUUGACAAAGGAUCUGGUAACUCUGAUUUGCACGCCAAAAAUGUUCAAGGUGUGAUCAAUUUCGCUGAUGUCGUUGAGUUUAGGAACGAUAUCCAGUUCCUAUCUACGAAGGAAAUUAACGAUAUAUUCCAAAACUACGAUUUCAACUAUGGUAAGGAAUCUUUCCUGUGGAAGAUCUUAGUUAUUCCAUCACAGAACCAAUUGCUCUUAUUAUUGGAUCAUGCAUUAUAUGAUGGCAAUUCUGGUGUAAAGUUUUGGGAGGUUUUCAUGACGUCUCUACGAGAAGCCAAGUGCAAUGUGGAAGAACAAGAGGAUGAGUGUAUCUUCAAGGGGGAUAAAUCAACUGAUUUUGUUCUUGAACCGCAUCCUUAUGAUAAGUGGCCUGGUACGUGGAGCUGGGCGGUAAAGAAGGUUCUGGCAAAAAUGCUAUUCUCUGCUUCACCAAAAAUGAUUACAAAGAUCGAUAGCAAGUUUAUGCAGUUUAAAGACUACCCUUUUGUUGAUAAACUUCUGGAGAAACCACCAAAAAAUGGAAGAAAAUAUCAAGUAAAUAACGAUAACCUACAAUGGCAAUUUCGUCUUACUCCUGAAUCGUUGAAAAAAAUGUUGGAAAGCUGUAAAAAGAAUAGAGUGUCACUGACUUCUUAUUUGGUUGCGUUAUUUAUAAUGUCCUUGAGAGAGAUAAAUGAAAAUAAAUUGUGCGGUGGACCGUCGGUGAACGUCAGUAUUCCAAUGAAUACCAGAAUGAAGUGUAAAGAAAGAUUGAAUCUCAGGGACGAAGAAGUACAAGUAGGAAACUUUGUUACUGGUCUAGAUUUCAAGACGAAAAUGGAAAAACAGGAAGAGACCACUAUUCUAAAUGUGGCUUCAAAGGUUCAAGAAUUUAUUACAAACGAAACUUUGAACAACAUAGGAGACAAGAUUAAUGCUAUGAAUUUAUUAAAUGUUGUAAACCAAAGAAGGUUUUUGGAGGAGACUUUGAAUUCCAUUAAUGAGGGGCCAGGUUCCGUGUUCGAAGUGACAAAUUUGGGUUUCAAAGACUUUGAUAGAAACUGUGACACUCAGUUAAACUUUUAUAUCAAGGACAGUUUUUUUAACGUACCUAAGGGUAUUUAUAGUGUUUUCACUUGUGCAAUAAUAUCUACUCCUUUAGGUGGUUUGAAUUGUACAGUCUCCUUUCCUAAAGAAUUGGCUGAUACUCUUGAUAAGCCAUUUUCGUAUGUCAAAAACAAGUUAAAUUUAUGA